AUACUGUCUUCCAAGAAAGCAAUAAAUUAACCAAUCAAUCAACCAAUCAACUGGACCUCCCGAGAGUGAGACUGGCCAACGCGCAGGCCCCGAGCGCGCCAAAUCCACCCAUGGUCAUGGUGCGCACACGAGCCGAGGGGACGGUGAAGGUGGCGGCCGCAAAGGCUCCAAGGAAGGUGUUCAGCUCUUCUUCCUCUGGUGGCUCCUCUUCCUCCUCCACCUCCUCCUCCUCCACCACUCCUUCUAAAGGCUCAAAGGCCAUGGUGCGCACACGAGCCGAGGGGACGGUGAAGGUGGCGGCCGCAAAGGCUCCAAGGAAGGUGUUCAGCUCUUCUUCCUCUGGUGGCUCCUCUUCCUCCUCCACCUCCUCCUCCUCCACCACUCCUUCUAAAGGCUCAAAGUCCCUGGACCUUCCUGCAACACUCCCUGCAGCAAAGGCCACAGCUCCACCUGUACCUGUCCCUCUGAGUCCCUGGACCUUCCUGCAACACUCCCUGCAGCAAAGGCCACAGCUCCACCUGUACCUGUCCCUCUGAGUCCCUGGACCUUCCUGCAACACUCCCUGCAGCAAAGGCCACAGCUCCACCUGUACCUGUCCCUCUGAGUCCCUGGACCUUCCUGCAACACUCCCUGCAGCAAAGGCCACAGCUCCACCUGUACCUGUCCCUCUGGGUCCCUGGACCUUCCUGCAACACUCCCUGCAGCAGGUGUGCUGGCAGGAGGCUACAGGGCUAGACAACAAGUGUGCUGGCAGGAAACUGCAGGGCUGGACAGCACCAAGACCAGUUAACUGACUCCCUGCAGCAAAUGUGCCAGCAAGAGGCUGCGGGGCUGGACAGCAGCAUGAGUAGCCAGGACAAGCAGGAGCAGACUGCUGCAGGGGGCAGGAGGGUCAGUGGUCAUCAGAUGAAGCAACUUGCUGCUGGCACCUCCAGCAACAAAGGAGAGAGGAAGUUUGUGUGUCUGGAGUGUGGAAAAGAAUUCACCACAAGGGGAGGCCUCAGAUAUCACACCUUUACACACACUGGUGUGAAGAACUAUGAAUGUAAGGAAUAUGGGAAAACAUUUAUUAGGAAGAGUCAACUUGAUACACACACCCUUACACACACUGGUGUGAAAAACUAUGAAUGUAAGGAAUGUGGGAAAAAUUUCGUUAGGAAGAGUACCCUUGAUAUACACACCCUUAGACACACUGGUGUGAAGAACUUUGAAUGUAAAGAAUGUGGGAAAAAAUUCAUCCAGAAGUGUAUCCUUGAUACACACACCCUUACACACACUGGUGUGAAGAACUAUGAAUGUAAGGAAUGUGGGAAAAAGUUCAGCCUGAAGGGUAACCUUGAAGCACACACACUUACACACACCGGUGUAAAGAACUUUGAAUGUAAGAAAUGUGGGAAAAAAUUCAUUAGGAAGAGUCACCUUGAUACACACACCCUUACACACACUGGUGUCAAGAACUAUGAAUGUAAGGAAUGUGGGAAAAAAUUCAUUAGGAAGAGUAACCUUGAAGCACACACCCUUACACACACUGGUGUAAAGAACUUUGAAUGUAAGAAAUGUGGGAAAAAAUUCAUUAGGAAGAGUCACCUUGAUACACACACCCUUACACACACUGGUGUCAAGAACUAUGAAUGUAAGGAAUGUGGGAAAAAAUUCAUCCAGAAGGUUCACCUUGAUUUACACACCCUUACACACACUGGUGUUAAGAACUAUGAGUGUAAGGAAUGUGGGGAACGAUGCACCACAAAACAGGGUCUUAAAUAUCACAGCCUUAUGCACACUGGUGUAAAAAACUAUGAAUGUAAGGAAUGUGGGAAAAAGUUCAUCAUAAAGUUUCACCUUGAUAGACACACUCUUACACACACUGGUGUAAAGAACUAUGAAUGUCAAGAGUGUGGAAAAAAGUUUGGACGCAAGAGUAACCUUAAAAGCCACAGCCGUACCCACACUGGUGUAAGAAACUAUGAAUCCCAAGAAUGUGGGGAUGAAUUUAUCCAGAAGAGUCAACUUGCUACACACACCCUUACACACUCGGGUGUAAAGAGUCAUGAGUGUGAAGAGUGCGGGAAGAGAUUCAGUAUGGCUUCAUACCUUAACCGACACUUGUACAAGCAUAUAUACGACCAUAGAGAGUUGAAGUGCGAUGUUUGUGGUCAGUUCUUCAAGACAAAGCCUGAAAUUAGAAGACACAUGAAGACCCACUUCAGGGAUGUGUCUUCCUAAGCUGUGAUCUUGUAAUGUCUCACGGCUCUUCUCCCCGGCACUGGGUCACCCUCCAUGUAUUACUGUGUCUGUCCUCUCCAUCUGGCCGUCACCCUAGUGCCCAGUGACCGUCUUGGCUCAUUAUUUACUAUUUUUCCAUUUUUCCAUGCUCGCUCCUCCAUCCCCACCACUGUCACAUCCCAUCGAGUGUCCUUGCAGAUUCACAGCUCCUCCUUAGAGAGUAACACUUAUCAUUACCUCCAUUUGCUUUGACCAUCUUGACACAACUUACAUACAGCUUCAUGGACCAAAUGCUGACCCCUUAAUGGUGUUGUACUCUGGUAUUCUGGAAAAAUACAUAACAAUUACAUUUCCA